AUGGCCGACCCCUUCGAAGUCCGCAUGCGCUUCACGAACCUGCUCUCCCACCUCUCCGCGUCAGCGACCGCCAGCAUAAAGACGGCUCACUACGCCCUGAAACACCGCGACAUGGACGAAGACCUGCACUCUUGCAUCCUGGAGAACCUCGAGCGGGGCCACAAUUCCAACAUGAACAAUAAAGCCAACAUCAUGUACUUUCUUGAACACCACGCCGAUCUCAAUCUCAAGGAGGGCGGACACGCCGCGUACAUCGAGAUGGUGAAGCGGGACAUUCUGCGCAUCAUCGACGCCGUGGCGCAGAGUGGCGCGAACGUCAAGGUGGUGCGACGGGUGGUGACGGGGCUCGGGGAAAAGGGCGUGCUCUCCGCCGACACCAUCACCAGUAUCGAGACCGGGUUGAAGGACAAGGAGGAGAGAUUGGGCAAACUGCUAGGUGACGAGGCCGAAGCCGGGGCGGACGAAGACGCCACAGAGGCCGCAACUGCAGAUGGCCCUGCUCCGGAAGGAAGCCAGAAAGCGACCCCCCGAACGGGCGCGGAACGUUCAGGGAAACCGAACGGGGUCUCCAAGAUCGACAAAAGAGCCAUCGAGCAGAGAAUCGAAGAGGACCGAGAGCGCAACAAGCGAUUGCGGGAGAGUGUGUGGACGGUAUCGGGCGAUGAUGAUCAAGAGUUGGACAUGAUGUGGGAAGACGGUGCCACGUUGGGCGAAGACGAACAUGACAUUGCCGACGAAGAGGCGGAAGAGCGUCUUCAAUUCGUGAGCUAUCAUCGCGCUACAAUGGGAGUCUAG